GAAAAAAAUAGAGUAAAAUAAAUAUAUUACUACUCCACAAUAUUCCAAAAAAAAAUCCUUUAAUUAUUUUACUUAAUUGCAGAAGUACAUAAACAUAACAUUACCUUACCUUUUGCAUGGCACUGUCCCUUUCAUUUUCUCUUCUCAGGGUUUAGAUUUUGAAGCUUGGAUAAGGAAUUAUGGAUUCUAGUGAUGGAUGGAAUGCUGAAGGGAUUUUUCAGAAGUAUUUGCAUGAUUAUCUGGUGAAAAACAACAUGCAUAGGACUGCUGAGCUCUUUGUAAAAGAAACAAAUGCUGAUGUUUGUCCUGUUGUUUCAGCAAUCGACUCUCCUCAAGGCUUUUUGGCUGAAUGGUGGUCAAUCUUUCACGACGUGUAUUUCCAUAUGCAACUCGAACAAGUAGAAGAAACUGGGAUGGUGUCAAACGAGGGAAAACAUGUCAGCGGAACAUCACAAAAUCCUUUUUUUGGGUCAUCAAAGUUUGGGAUUAAUUCACAAAAUUCCAUGCAGUUUUCAUUUGGCAAUGACUCUGAUAGUAUGCUAACACAACUGUACCCGAAAACUUGUGAAGGAGUUCAUCAUAAGUGUGUAGCUAGAAAAGUUGAUGCCUAUUCUCAGACAAGUUCGGAAACUAAAAAUACGAGAGGCGGUACAAGUAAACCUCAAAGAAACAUCUGUAAGCAGGCUUCACAGCGGCAAGACAAGAAAAAAUUCACCAGUAUGGGAAAUACACCCAUGGCGUCAUCAACAUGUGCUGAACCACAUACAAUAGGAUCAGAGAGUGACCUCAGUUCUGCUCCACUGAAAGGAUGGCCUCUCAUUGGUGCUAAUCAUGUUCCUCCUCGUCUGGGCCAUCAAGUGCUAAAUUCAUAUAUACAGUCUGCGAACAACUAUCCACGCAUUGAUAUGCCUUUAUCGCAUAGUCAGCAAGAGACAUAUGCUCAGUUGAUGGAAAGUACUCAAGCAAAUGCAUUAUCAUCUUUUCCACUGACCUCCAACUUGGAUAUACUUCUCAGAAACAGGACUAGCGGUAAGGAUGACUGGGAUGAUGAAGAGAAGGGCAUAGAAGACACUAUCCAAAUGCUUUUUUCACAAUAUGAUGAUCAUAGUAAUUACACGAAUGUUUCAUACCCUCUCCAACAGCCUUCAUCAUCAAGUCAUGAACAAAAUGGGCAUACAGACAUUUCUUUGGUGCAAGUUGGAACUCUUCAUGCAAGCAAAGGGAAAUUAUUCUCUUGCAGUUUCUCACCGAAUGGGAAGUUGCUUGCUUGUGCUGGAAAUGACAAGAAGGUACUUCUAUGGAAUGUGGAUACCUCACGCUACACUAGCUCUUUGGAAACUCUUGCUCAUCUAAUCACUGAUGUUCGGUUUCAUCCAAGCUCCGAAUUUUUUGCUACUUCUUCAUAUGACAAGACUGUUCAAAUAUGGGACACAGCUGAUCCAAGCAAGUCACUAUUUGCAUUAUCUGGUCAUAAUGACCAUGUUAUGUCAUUGGAUUUUCACCCAAGAAAGAUGGACCUUUUGUGCUCAAGUGACUGCAAUGAUGAGAUCCGCUUUUGGGAUAUGAAGGAUUAUAAUUGUUUGCGUGUAUUUAAGGGAGCAAUAAAACAAGUAAGAUUCCAACCUCAACUAGGAAGACUUUUGGCUACAGCUUCAGGAAAUGGUGUCAACAUAUUCAAUGUUGAAACGGGCGAUUUCGAGUUUGACUUGAAGGGGCAUCAAUCUGAAGUGCGCUCUAUUUGCUGGGACGUGACUGGCAAUUACAUAGCCUCAGUUAGUGAAGAAAGCGUACGCCUGUGGUCAAUUUUGUCUGGUGGAAGAUGCAUUUAUGAAUUGCAGUCAAAGGGCCACAACUUCCAGUCAUGCACUUUUCACCCUGGGCAUCCCGUCUUGUUGAUCAUUGGAAGUUAUCAGUUCCUGGGUUCGUGGAAUCCUACCCAGAGCAGCACAGUUAAUACAAUUCUGGCGCACAGCGGCAUCAUUGCUUCAUUGGCAAGUUCACCUUCAACAGGAUUGAUAGCCUCAGCUAGCCAUGAUCAGAGUGUGAAAUUAUGGAUUUAAGGAGACAUGAUCACAUUUUGGAGCUUGGAGUUUCGGGUUUUGGUGAUCUACCGAUAACUGUACAUAGUAAGGGUGUGAUUGGUUAUUGGUUCGACAUGUACUCAUGUUGAUCCAAGGUUUAGAAAAUUUAAGUUGUCUGCUUUUGGAGACUACCUCACAACUUAGCGUCAAAUCUGGAGGUUUAAGGAUGGGUAUAUACAAAAUUUUUCUGAUUUUAACUAAACAAUUGUAAUGGAUUUUAAAAUGUUGGUAAAAAAGACCUUACAUACACUCCUAUUACAUACUAUUAUAGAUUUCUUAUACCAUCUAUAUACUUUUAUAUAUACCAGCGAGUU